AUGGCUCCACCUGUAUGGGACUGUUUGUUCGCUUUGCUCCCAUCCCUGUUCCUUUUCCUGUCGUGUCUGGCUCGCCGCUGGCCCACUGUGCGUUGCUGGACAAGGCUGGCUGUCAGUGCUGCAAGCUGGGGACUCUGGCUCAUUACUUGCCUGAUUCUGGAGCUGCCACUGGACAAACACUCAAGAACAUGGAUUAAGGAGGCCGGAUCACCGGGGACUGGUUUAUUGUCUGGGUUGGUUCAGACCUCAGGUGAACCACAACUUGUUUGCAAACCCACUGCACUGGCCAAAUAUCUGCUCCAGCACUGUGGCUCUCUGGCCAAGCCGAGACUGGCCGCCUGGCCCAGGGGAGACCCCCAUCUUCAGACUCUGUCCAGUUUGGUGUGUGGACAACCUAGCAACACCUUACAGUUCACCAGAGAUCACCUGUUAUUAAGAGAUGGGGGAAUUGUAGCUCUGGACUGGGCUGUGGGGACAAGACUGGGAGAGACGGACAGGUGGAGAAAGUGGGAGGGGAGGAAGGAGCAUCAGUCAGCGGGUAAGGUGCUAGGCUGCUUUACCUUGACACCUCCUAUCCUGCUCCUCAUUCCUCAGUUCUGGGGAGGGAUGACCUCCCACUUGAAAGCGCUGUGCCAUCAAGCCACGCGUCAGGGCUUUUAUGUGGUGGUGUUUCACCCCCGAGGCACAGCAGGGUGCCCACUGACCACAGCACGGCUCACUGAGUUUGGGGACCCAGCAGAUCUUGAGCAGGCCGUGGCUUACAUCCACAGCCGCCACCCAUCCUCUGUGCUGGUUGCAGUGAGUGAGGGUUCAGGCUCAGGGGUCCUUCUUUCCUACUUGGGGGAGUGUGGAUCAGGUACAUACCUGACUGCAGCUGCAGCCAUCUCACCUGUGCUUCUGGGCCAGCUGUGGUUUGAAACUGCCAUGCCUCCAGUUUAUCGCUGGGGGGCGCUAUUUCACAGAAAACUGCAGCUUAAUAGAUAUGCAAGCUCCUUCAGAGCAGUCCUGGAUGUGGAUCAGGCCCUCAGCUGUUCCUCCCUAAGAGACUUUGAGCAAACUCUUUUCUGCUCUUCAAGGGCUUACCCAGCAAAGGACUGGGACAGCUACUGGGACAGGAAUGAACCACUGAGAGAUGCAGAUGAGGUGGCUGUCCCUGUGCUCUGUAUCUGUAGCUGUGACGACCCUCUCCUCCCGCCUGCUUCCACCCUGCCCCUUACCCUUUUCCAGAGCAAUCAUUAUUUCCUUCUACUGUUGACAGAGAAAGGAGGGCACUGUGGAUUCACUCUGGAGGGCAGAGAAGAGACAGAAGGUAACUGGAGUCAUAUUGUAGUGCUGGAGUACUUCAGAAUAGUGGCUGAUUUCCUAAAAAGAGAGGAGAGGGAUGGGGCAAGCUGUGGUGAUCCACUAGGAGAAUAUAGCCAAGCUGGGCAGAGGAACAGGACAAACAAAGCCCCUCCUCGCAGGAGGAGACCCAACCUGAUGAGGAGACCACGACUACAGACACCUGAACAGAGCAGUGUGGAUGCAGAGGAGGAGGAGAACUUCACCUGGAAGAGGUCCUAUACACGCUGAGGAGGAACAGAUCUUCAAGGAAAGAUGUUAUCAACUUUGGACAAUAUCUGAGUUGCUCAUUAUUUUCACUCACAGCUGUAGUUGGAGUUUUAAAACAAAUGUUUA